CUCGAUUUCUACUCGGGCGACAGAGCAACUGACCUUGGUCGUGUUUAUACCAAAGAGGUUCUCCUGCUACCUGAGGAUCAAGGUCUUUUGUUUCACCACACGUUUGGGAAGACGCUUCGUGGAAAGGACUCUAAGAAUCAGUUUGCCGUUAAAAGGUGCCCCCAGGACACUGUGGUUUGCCCUGUUGUAAAUCUCACUACGUAUGUUAAGAUAGCCGACCUCAUGAAUAUCAACCUUCGGGAGGGUUUUCUCUCCCGUGCUACCGACCCUAAAGGUCGCGUUUCUCCAAAGCCGUUCGUGGGUUCUACGGUGGCUAACCGUCUCCGCCUUUAUCUCACGGCGUUAAAUAUUGAUGAGGGUGAAACUAUGCACAGUUUUAGGAGCGCUUGUUCCAUAACUCUAUCUCUUCUAGGUGCCUCAGAUGACCAAGUGGCUAGUCAUGUUGGCUGGAAAAGCAUCCAGGUAGCUCGAUAUUAUUCUCAAGUCCCCAAAGUUAUGGAUUUGUCGCUGCCAGCUUCUCUUCUUGCCCAAGGCACU